GUUGUCCCUAGUCGCUCGCUCCAGAAUUGCUUCUUCUUUGUCGAAAUUUCUAUCUUCUUUUUUUUUUUAGUUUGCUUUUGUUCAUUUUGCUAGGGCUUCUGCACCCACUGAGAUCAAAGCUGUUCGUAUUAGCCGCACGAUCGUGAGUUGUCCUUGGGCUGGCGCAGUUGUCACUCGAGUUGAGCCUUAUCACACUGGGCGAUGUCGAAAAAGGGAGCCGAGGACGCAUUUUACGUUGUGAGGAAGGGGGAUUUGAUUGGCAUUUACAGGAGUCUGAGCGAUUGCCCAGCUCAAGCUGGAUCUUCGGUACAUUCUCCAUCCGUGAGUGUGUAUAAGGGCCAUGGUCUUCCAGAGGAGGCAGAGGAAUAUCUCAGGUCACAUGGUCUUAAGAAUGCUUCUUAUACUAUUAGUGCCGCCGACUUGAAAAAUGUUAUUUUGGGUGAACUUGUUCCUUGCCCAUUUCAGCAACCAGCCUCUUCAAGAGGAGCAUCGUCUGACAAGGCACCGCCUACAAAGAGAUCAGCGGAAGCGCUUCAGUGGGACAUGGCAGUCGGUCCAACUUUGAUCAAUUGUCAGAGCAAACAUUUGAAGUUAAAUGAUGGUACUGCAAGUCAGCCAGUUUCUUCCACUUGUAGUUCUUGCUCUCUACAAUUUGAUGGAGCUUCAAGAGGAAACCCUGGACCGGCUGGUGCAGGAGCUGUCCUGCGUGCUGAUGAUGGGAGUUUGGUUUGGCGGGUGCGUGAAGGUGUGGGAAUCGCAACUAAUAACGUUGCUGAAUAUCGGGCUUUAAUUCUGGGAUUGAGACAUGCGUUACAGAAAGGGUUUAAGAAAAUUCAAGUCCAUGGGGAUUCAAUGCUUGUCUGUAUGCAGAUUCAGGGAAAAUGGAAACUAAAGAACCAGAAUAUGGCCGAUCUGUGUAAGGUGGCCAAAGAGCUCAAGGACAGGUUUACCACUUUUCAGAUUGAUCAUGUUCGUAGGGAAUUCAACUCCGAAGCCGAUGCUCAGGCGAAUCUAGCUGUUAAUCUCAAGGAUGGUCAAGUCGAAGUGGAUUGUGGCAGGAAAUAGCUGGACCAUGGAGCCCUCAGCGGCUUCCUGAUUGUGCCCUCAGAUUGUUGUGGAAAGAGAGAGAGAGAGAGAGAGAGAGAGACAGAGUUGGCACUUUUUGCUUGGGACUUUACAUUGCCACAAGGGGAAACUGCAAUAGCAUCAUGUGUUGGCAAAAGGAGUACUAACAUGUAAAUUAUGCAGACUGCCAAUUUCUUCCUCCAACGCGGUGCUGUCGAUGAUUCUUUUGUCUUUGGGUAUGUUAAUAAGUAAUGAAAACUUAGUUAUUGAUUUCUGAA